CGCUGGAAGCUGGCGGAAGUGGAGGGGGUUGUGAAGAGCGGAAGCGGAAGUGUCACAGGCGUCCACUGCUUGUCCUGUCCUGAUCAUGGCUGCUGUGAUGGCCGCUGUCGGUUGUCGUCGGUUUAUAGUAUGUUUUCUGGCAGUCCUGUCGUGUUGCUGGGCGGACACUGAUAUCCUGAGCCCCGGGUCGGCUGGGGAUAAGUUCAAGGUGGAAGGCCGGGCUGUGGUGCCAGGGGUCAGACCGCAGGACUGGGUGAACAGUGCCCGGGUCCUGGUGGAUGGGGAAGAGCAUGUCGGCUUCCUGAGGUAUGGCGAUACAAAGAGCCGAAUGGACACAUUCAGCCGGUCAGGGGGUCAAGAAUGGGCUGACAUGGAGCAAUAAACCCCUGUGAUCAUGUCAGUAUCUCUACGAAAGUACAGGAUUAUUUACUAAUGUGAGUUUCUAGUGCUGGGUCAGAAUAGCUGAAUUUCGAGUUAGUCAAUAAAGUGAGAAUUACUGGAAAUUCAAAGUAAAUUUCACAUUUCAGACCAAAAUAGCCAAGCUGAAAACAACAGACCUGGAGAAUUUUUUCCAAGUUGGCUAAAUUUGGAAAUUCAUUUUGGAUUCCCCGCAAUUCUUACUUUAGUGAAUAACCCUGUUGGAGGUGCCCUCCCCCUACCCCCUUUUUUCGGCUAGCUCGGCCUAGAAUUAGAAAUUCUAGUAAUUCACACUUUUGGGAAUAAGUAUGUACACCUGUAAUACUAGGAUGUGGCGUUGGGAAAAGAGCUGACAGUGUCAAAUUAUAAAAGCCCUUCCACAGUGAUGUCUAUAUAAACCUUGACUGUUGUACUGUGUACCUGUUUUCAUACAAUAAUGAAUGUUUCUUUUAUUUUCAGUUAUUUUAAUCUGCCUUUGUAUGAUACUAAUGCCCAUUUUACUUUAAAAUGAACCCUUCUAUUGAUUGUUCUUGUGUAACAGUCAACAAUGUUUUGACACUUGCAUCAUGCUAUCUAUUAAACAGCUAAUGUGAUAAAGUACUGCAUUUCAUGUAUUGUAUCCUUUGUUCACUGGAAAUGGGGCACCUCAUUUGGAAACUAAAUUUUUAGAAUAGGACAGGGGUAUUUGUAUUUUGAUAUAUUGUUUCCUGGGUCCUGGAAAAUAUACUGAGACAGUAAUAGUAGACAUGCCUUAAAAUACUUUACUCAUCUGCACAACCAGAUAGGACAUAAGUGACUGGGAUGGAAAUGAACAUUUUAAGAACCAUAACCACUAAAUUAAUCUGGGGAGCUUCUGUCUCUCCUGCUUACAGAGAGGAAAGGGGGGCAGCAUAUAGUGGACACCAGGUAAGAGGUGAAUUUAACUUUAAAGUCAACGUUUCAGCCCCCACAUGGAGCUUUCAUUAGGACAAGAAAAUAUACAUAUAAUAUAUAUAUAUAGUUAUUUGCAGUGUAGCACUGCGAAACAUGUUAAAACAAAGUUUAUUUUUAGCCUGCUUUAUGUUUUAUUGAUAAUGUAAAGUGGUGUGUGUGUUUUUUUUGUUUUUUUUUACAUGCUUAUAGGACAGAUGGCAGCUUUGUGGUUCAUGAUGUCCCAUCUGGCUCCUAUGUUGUAGAAAUAUUUUCACCAGCCUACCGCUUUGAGCCUGCCAGAGUAGACAUCACUUCCAAAGGAAAAAUGAGGUAAAGCAUCCAUUUAAAAACCACUAUUGCUGUUUCAUGAUUCAACAAUUAUUUUUCAAGGGCUCAUCCAUGUAUGUUGUAAAAGAUUGUAGCUGCUUCAUCUCUCAGAAUUAUUCGCUUGGGGUUUUAGGAAACAAAUUCUGAUGGUGAAAUUGAGGCAAAAAAUAAUCAAGUAGACCGUAUAGCUGAGGUGGAGAAUUUCGCCAAAUCAGAAAUUUUAGCCUAGAUUUCAUUUCGGUUUUAAUUUUCUAAAAUUUUCCAUUUAGCGAAUUACCCUGUCUGCAUAGGUACACUUCUUGUUUACAUACUUGCUUUAUCCUUCACAUUUGUUUUCUUUAGUCAUACACUGUCAGGCAAGUGGCAUGGGAUUUGCUAUUCAUAAAUGCAAAAUUACACAUUUUGGAAUGAAGACAUAUUCAAUAUAUAAUGUAGAGUUAGAGAUAUUUUAAAAGGAGUCUAAAGCCACAGAGACCGCUUCUUCUCAAUGAAGUGACCUGGGUGCAGUGCGCCUGUUGUUUUAACCCUGUAAUCUAGUAACUGUCUUCCUGACAGCCAGUAGAGGCCCUUCCACUGCAAUAACAAGGUCAGACUCGAUUAUUCAAUCAGAUGCUUCUCUUAGAAAGCUUUUUAUUGGAGUAGCGUUUUACACCCUGUAUUAAAGGAUCACUAUAGGGUCAGGAACACAAAUGUGUAUUCCUGACCCUAUAGUGUUAAAACCACCAUCUAGUCCCCCUGGGUCCCUCAUGCCUCCAUAAAUAUAGUAAAAAAUCUUACUGUAUUCAAGCUUGAAGCUGUAACUCUGCAUACUGUUAGAAAAACAAGCAGUUUGCUAACAUCAUCAGAAUGGUAGCCUGAUCCAAUCACAAUCCUUCCCCUUAGGAUUGGCUGAGACUGACAAAGAGGCAGAUCAGGGGCAGAGCCAGCAUGUUUCAAACACAGCCCUGGCCAAUCAGCAUCUCCUCAUAGAGAUGAAUUGAAUCAAUGAAUCUCUAUGAGGAAAGUUCAGUGUCUGCAUGCAGAGGGUGGAGACACUGAAUGUUUGGAUGCAUUUUAGGCAGCCAUGGCCCAGGAAGGCUCUCUAACAGCCAUCUGAGGAGUGGCCAGUGAAGUGAUCACUAGGCUGUAAUGUAAAGACUGCAUUUUCUCUGAAAAGACAGUGUUUACAGCAAAAAGCCUGAAGGUAAUGAUUCUACUCACCAGAACAAAUUCAAUAAGCUGUAGUUGUUCUGGUGACUAUAGUGUCCCUUUAAAUCUUUGGAUUGGCAAAAAUCAUCAAUAAUGUAGAGGGAAGCUAUACAAUUAAGAAUAUAUUUUCCACAUGUCCAAGCGGCAGUCAUAGCUAGUGGGAUGUAAUUGCCCAUUUCCCACAGGACAGGUAGCAUUGAAAAGGUUUAACAAAAUGCAGUCCCCACACCCAGUCUCCUCCCCUCCUAGCAAGAGUGCUUGCAGUCUUUAUUUGCUGCAUUUCGGUAUGAAACACUACACUUGCAGAGAUUUUUUUUAUGUUUCUGCUGUAAGUGUAACUCCACCUUUAGCAGCUUCAUUAGUACUUCAUUAGCCAUCCCAGAUUAAAAGACUGGAUAUUGUCUAGUCUGUGCACAGAAGUGAAAUUGGUGUCUGGCUUCUGCAACUCUAUGUCAGAGUACUUUUAAAGUCCCUCUUUAAGGGGGAAAAAAAUGUAUUUAUCACUUUAGCAUUUUUCUCUAUGGCACAAUUGGAAGUCUCUUUAUAUAUAAUUUACUUGAUGACUUUUUGAACAAACCUAUAAAUGGAACUUAACGGUCUUAAGCCAUCUAAUUUUUUUUCCACUCUUAUCUUUAACUUAUAUUAAUAUGCAUAUGUCGCAUUGAACCCAUACUGUGUAACAGAGAUCUGACCAGAAAUAUCUUCCUAUAAAACCAAAAUGGCUUAAAUCAUUAGCCAUGCCGCAAUGACCAUGCCUAUUGCCCUUACUGCCACAACACCUUACAAUGCUAGAUUUCUGAAUGAACAUGGUGUUUUGUUUUUUUUUCUUCCGUUUUUAGUAAUUACUUAUGAUUACAAUGGGGUAUUGUUUGAUUUACUCACUUUUGUUCUAUUGCUUUGAAAAUGACUUUUUUUUUUCUCUCUCUCUCUCUCUCUCUCUCUCUCAAGAGCUAGAUAUGUCAACCAUAUAAAGACAUCAGAAGUUCUUCGACUUCCUUAUCCUCUUCAGAUGAAAUCAUCUGGUCCCCCGUCCUACUUUAUUAAGAGAGAAACCUGGGGUUGGACAGACUUUCUAAUGAACCCAAUGGUAUGUUUGUGCCGUAAUCAUUAUAUUCUAGAUAAUCAGUGAUUUUGUUCUCCCUCGUGGAAGACUGAAACUUUGUAUACUAGCAAAGACCACUAAGUAUGCCAAUUUAUUAAAUAUCUACAUUAUUUUCUUAACUACAUCCUCUUGGAAGUGGGAGGUAUUGUAUUUGCUCUAAAGUGCAUGUGUUCGUAUACCAUUUGAUUUUAUGGAAUGAUGUGACAAUUUAUGUCAAUUUUCAUUUCAAAUUUCAUAUAUGUGAUAAAUAUCUUUAGUAAAUGAAGAUAGGAGUCCCUAAAGGUAUGGAGCCAAAGUGCAUGAACAUUCAAAUAGCAGCCAUGUUAAAGGACCACUAUAGGCACCCAGACCACUUCAGCUUAAUGAAGUGGUCUGGGUGCCAGGUCCAGCUAGGUUUAACCCUUUUUGCUGUAAACAUAGCAGUUUUAGAGAAACUGCUAUGUUUACGUAUGGGUUAAUCCAGCCUAUAGUGGCUGUCUCAUUGACAGCCGCUAGAGGCACUUCCGCCCUUCUCACUGUGAUUUUCACAGUUAGAAGAUGCCAGCGUCCAUAGGAAAGCAUUGAGAAUGCUUUCCUAUGGACUGGCUGAAUGCGCGCGCAGCUCUUGCCGCGCAUGCGCAUUCAGCCAGGGAUGUCAGAAGAGGGAGGAGAGUCCCAGCGCUGGAAAAAAGGUAAGGGAUUAACCCCUUCAGUGCCACGGGAGUGGAACCCUGAGGGUGGGGGCACCCUCAGGGCACUAUAGUGGUCCUUUAACAGUUUAUAUAUCAUAAAGGGCAAAGAUAUUCUUACAAUUUAAUCUAUGCAUUUAAAGCAAGUUUGGCUAGCAUAAGGUUUAAAUUUAAUUAUUGAUAUAGUGCUAACUAUAAUACCUUAAGUAUAAAUUUUAAAUGAAGAUUUGCGGUUUAAAAAAAAAAAAAUACUCCAAAGGCAUCCCGAAGCAUAUGUAGGAGAUAAUUCUGCAAUUUCAGGAGCUAUGUACUACAGCAUAGCCUUGUGUGUAAUUUACUCUAUACUGCCUGUAAUGUUGUAAUGCAGAGAUUGCUUACCCAGUGUUUUAGAGUAAAAAAAAAAAACCAUGAAGAUGUUUGUGUUAAUUGAUUAUCACCCCAUUGAUCUGGCGUAGCAAUUGGUUCCUCAUGCUCAGACAAGCUCGUGCCAAAGACACAUACCCAUCAUCAUUCGUGUACUGCAAAAACACUACUUUCCAUGUUGCAAUUAAUGAAGACCUCUAUUAUAAUGGGAAGAGCCAAUUUUAAGUUAUUUAAGAUACUAUAUAUUACAUUACAGUUGUUGGUCACUCUGCAUUACAUCAGUCCAUAAUUAAUGGUGGUUUAAACCCCUUAGUGAAAUUAAGGGCCUCAGUAUGAGCAGUGAUAGCAUCUUUGGCACUGAAUUUAGUAUGCAAAACCUGCCAUUCAUCCCUUUUGUCAUUUGUCUAGGUAAUGAUGAUGGUCCUACCUCUUCUAAUUUUUGUGCUGCUACCUAAAGUUGUGAACACUAGUGAUCCUGAAAUGAGAAGGGUAAGUAAUACACCUUGAUGAUCUUGGUUUGAGCACAGUAUGUUUGUCCGUUCCCCUGUGUAUAUUUAUAAAUGCGCUAAUUGUUAUUGGACAUAGGUUUGAGGCACUUACUAUACAUUCUACAAGCAGGUGUAUUUUUAAAAGUGUACAUGUUUGGGGGGGCGUGGCCAACUGCCGAAGCAAGCGGUCGCAUGGAGUGAGAGCUCCGCGCUUCGGAUGACAUAAACGCAAACAACUCCUAUCAUACACAGCCCCACAAGAGGCAAAUAAGCUCAGGAACGAGAUUGCAAUCAUGGCCCCAGCCAAACAAACUAAAUUGACGGAUCAAAUUCGAUCCGCGAGGAAGGACCGCAUGCGGCCUGCACAAGAUGGCGACGACGGACCAGCCUGCUCGCAAUUAACUGAAGGCACACCUGAGCCAGAAGGGGAAACCUGUCCAUACACGGACGCCCCAGUGACGGAAAAACGGCUGUAUCUUAUGUUACAGGACUUUCGGGUCACUCUUCAGUCUGACCUUAAAAAAGCGACUAGUGAAAUAAAAAGAGAAAUAUCUGACCUGGGUGAGCGCACAAACCAGCUUGAAGCCCGCACAGAUGACCUCUGCAGUGAGCAGAAUGAGCUGGCAAGUACAGUACAGCACCUAAUGGAGGAACAACUACAACUCAAACGCAAACUGUCGGACUUGGAGGAUCGGUCCCGCAGAAACAAUGUCAGAUUCCGCGGGAUACCAGAAAAAGUGGGCCUAGAGGAACUUCCCUCAUUUCUCAAAGGGCUUUGCACCACCUUACAGCCUGAUAUAGCCGACGAAACAUGGCUACUGGACCGUGCUCACCGACUACCACGACCACCGAGGCUGGCGCAAGAUACGCCUCGUGAUGUGAUUGCAAGGUUUCACUACUUCACCUCAAAGAAUGCUCUGCUGUCUGCAUCACGUAACCUGGACAAGCUACCCGAACCGUACACCAACAUUAACAUCUAUGCGGACUUAUCAGCCCUAACAAUGGCCAGGAGAAGAGAGUUUAUAACGGUGACAAAAACCUUAAGGAACCACAACAUCCAAUACAGAUGGGGAUAUCCGACGAAAAUCAUAAUAUGGAGGAACAACAAGAAUCACACGGUUAAUGAACCAGAAGUAGGCAUGCGCCUAAUACGAGAAUGGGGACUGUUCCCGACACAAACGACGGUAGCGGCCGCUACUGCACCACAACGAAGAAUGCAAGCAGAAUGGCACAUAGCGGGAUCGCCGACUAAAGCAUAAAGGACUCUGCUCCAGGGACUCUUUCCUCACCCAGCAUAUGCUAUGUUGACCUACCUCACGUAACUAUGACAUAUGCAAUUUGACACACAUGGUAUUAGGAAAAUGCACAUGGCCCAUGUAAUGCCAGACCACGUGCUGUAACUGGCUGAUUGUAGCUGGCACGGGAGGAGGGGGGAGCCCCUGGGACUGUAUGUAUGACAACAUGUAUAUCUGGGCAAUACGCAGUGGUUAUGCAAGGGCUGUGUACCCUUCAUUAGCAUAUAAGUCAUCCUCACCCCCGCUCUUAACACCGAGCGCACCCCCACGGAUGAGCGCAGAUACUAGCACAAAGGGCUGGUCUGCGUCUCAGCCGGAGAAGGCGCCGAUCGUCAUGAGGGCGCUGUGUAAAUAGUUAUGUUGUGAAAAGUUUACUUCUGUUAUCCCUACCAAAGUUUCUAUGUUCCCUUGUCACUCCACCCCCUCCUAGCAGACCUAUACCACUGUCAAAGCAAACAUGCUUCCCACGAUUUAGCAAACUGUUACCCACACAAUAUGGAUAAUACCCUAAAAAUUCUUUCCAUGAAUGUCAAGGGUCUCAAUAGCCCGCAUAAACGCAGGUUGUUAUCACAAGAAAUGUUUCGCUCCAGGGCGGCCAUAGUGUGUCUCCAGGAGACUCACUUCACUAUACGUAAACCACUUACCUUUAAGUUCAAACAAUAUGGUCAAGCUUAUCACGCCAUGGCUACAACUAAGUCCAAAGGGGUCUCAAUAUAUUUUCAUGGGGACUGGGUAUUUACGCCAGCCAAACAAUACGUCAGCAAAGAUGGCAGGCUGCUAAUAUUAGUGGGCUCAUUAAACGGCCUCCAACUGACGGUAGCCUCCCUGUAUGCUCCAAAUGACACGCAAAAAGACUUCCUGACCAAGGCGUUCCGCAAAUUAGACCAAUUCAAAAUGGGACACACUAUUGUAUGUGGCGACUUUAACUGCACGCGCGACCCGCACAUAGACAUGCAGCGGGUACAAAACCGACCUCCUAAACAAGUCUCUCUGUCCUUGAGCAGACACUUGACACACCUGCUGCACUCCUCUGACUACUAUGACGUGUGGCGUAAUUUAUACCCGGGUAUAAGAGAUUAUACAUUUUAUUCCUCAGUCCACAUGACGUACUCCAGAAUUGAUCUCUGCCUCUUCGACAAGAGCACACUGCCACACGCUAUAGACAUGCACAUUGGCCCCAUCAUAUGGUCGGACCAUGCCCCCUUGGAAAUAACAAUGAAAAUACCACACCCAGCGAGGGGGAGAGGCACUUGGAGAUUGAACGAGGCCCUACUAGACAACCCGCACCAUUUUACGCACUUGAGAGACACAAUAGAAGCAUACUUUGAGGCUCAUACACACUGUGAAACCACACUGGCAACACAAUGGGUCGCACACAAGGUAGUUAUGAGGGGAGAAUUCAUCAAGUUGGGAGCCAACACCAAAAGAGCAGCGGGCAUAGAACACACAAAACUCAUUCAAGAAAUUACAGACACAGAACUCCGCCACAAGUCAAACCCAUCCAAGCAAAUCCACACACGACUACAGACACUCAAGACCAAAUUACGCGAGUUGCAACUACAAACGACUGAGAAGCAAAUGCGAUACCUGAAACAAUCUCACUAUACACUAGGGAAUAAAGCAGGCAAACUGCUAGCUGGCCGCCUGAAACAAAAAUACCUCCAAUCCAAGAUUCCCUACAUAUUCUCCAAAAGUGGUGACAAAAUCUACAACCCCCAAGACAUAGUGAAUACAUUAGCGGAUUACUAUGCGUCAUUAUACCAACUGCAUACAGACCCAGCAACACACCAACCUACCACAGCAGAAAUAGAUUCUUUCCUAGAAAAAGCUUCCCUUCCCUGCAUAUCUCCAGAUUUGAGUGCAUACUUGACCUGUCCCUUUACUGACGAAGAAAUCAGGGAAGCUAUUAAAUCACUCCCUAAGCACAAAUCCCCAGGUCCAGAUGGCCUCUCCAAUUACUACUAUAUCAAAUACACAGACCAGUUAGCACCCCACCUCCUAAAACUAUUCAAUGACAUUAAACAGACAGGAAAUAUGCCCCGAGAAAUGCUAGAAGCCUUUAUUGUCACAUUACCCAAACCUAACAAACCCUCAAAUCAGUGUGCCAAUCUGAGGCCGAUAUCCCUUCUUAAUUCGGACACUAAAUUAUACGCUAAACUGCUAGCCACACGGGUCAAAAGGCUCUUCCCUACACUUAUCUCCGCUGAGCAGGCGGGAUUUGUGCCGGGUAAGCAAGUGGGUGACAACACCCGCCACUUUCUAGAUCUCAUCGACUGGGCGAACCAAUCCUCUCAACAGGGCCUGGUGCUGGCGUUGGACGCCGAAAAGGCGUUUGACCGCUUGCACUGGGGAUACAUGGAACAAACUCUGGCCAAAAUGGGGCUCCCACCAGCCUUCCUCAAAAGUAUAAUGGCCCUUUACCAAUGCCCAUCGGCAAAGGUCUUUAGUACCGGCUUUCUAUCCGCACCCUUUACAAUACAUAAUGGCACACGCCAGGGUUGUCCGCUGUCACCACUCAUUUUUAUCCUCUGUCUCGAACCCUUGACGAAACAUAUAAAUAAUAAUGCACAAAUUUGUGGACUGUCGACACCAAGGGGUAUGCAGAAGUUGGCUUUAUUUGCCGAUGACAUACUCAUGUUCAUAACACAACCCACAAGCUCCAUCCCUACUCUUCUAGGCCUUCUUAGCGAGUAUGGAAGGGUUUCCUACUAUAAGAAUAACACUACUAAGACGCAAGCACUACCAAUCAACCUAACGCACCAAACGCAAACGCAGCUCUCCUCUGACUACACCUUUGACUGGCGUAAAACGUCUCUCACUUAUCUGGGGAUCAAACUGACGAAAUCCCACCAGACCGUUCUUAAAGAAAACCACUACCCUGUCAUAAACAAACUAAAAUCGACCCUAGAACAAUGGGAAAACCUAGAGAUAUCCUGGCUGGGCCGGGUAAAUACGAUUAAAAUGAUGGCUCUGCCCCAUAUUUUAUAUCUCUUCCGUACGAUACCAAUACCACUGCCCAACAAAUUAAUAAAAUUAAUGCAAUCUGUUAUAAAUGCGCAUGUCUGGAAACGAAAACCCCCGAGAGUGGCCCAACGAAACCUGAGCUUUGCUUUCACCAAAGGGGGGCUGGGUCUACCUGAUAUUAAGACGUACUACAGGGCAUCGAUUUUAGCACAGGGAGUACGCAUACUGAGACUUCAAGACAGCUCCCCUAAGCCACUAUGGCUCACACUGGAAGAUGCCUACCUGCACCCACAUAACACGUCCCACACAUUAUGGGCCAGCGCCCCCACCAACUCUGACGGAACGUACCUCCCACGGUACUCCAGGUUUCUGCUGAGCUCGUGGCGAACCUGGAGUCAUCUAAUAUUAGACCCACAUUUGCUCUUCAGGGAAGCUCCCCUAGGGAUCCUGACCAUAUUCUCUCCAGACCUACCUAUGGCAAGCUGGAUAGCCAGGGGAAUACACAGAGUUAAGGACCUACUAGAGGGAAACAAACUCAAACUGUUCCCUGAUCUCCAGAGGGAAUUCUCCCUGUCCCAAAGGGAUGUGUUCCUCUACCUUAGAACUAAAAACAUACUGUUACCACACAUACGCAAACCUAGUACAGGGUCCAUGAACCCGCCCCUACCACUCAAUAGGGCUCUCACCGCUAAGCUUGGAAAACCUCUAUCCAUGUGCUACAGCGCUCUCCUGGAGCCAAAGUCCUGUGAGAAAAGAUCCUAUAUGAAGCAAUGGGAAGGGGAACUGGGUUACCAACUAACUCUGGCACAAUGGUACGAGGCACUAUCCAAUACAAAGGGCGCUUCCAAAAGCCUCUCGCUGUGGGAAGCAUAUUGCAAAAUAGCCAUGAGAUGGUACCUAGUCCCACAUAGACUAGCAAAGAUUUACAAGGGCACAUCUGAGCUCUGCUGGCGCUGUGAGGGGGGAGCGGGUACCAUGCUACACAUGUUCUGGGACUGUCACGCACUAGGUGCAUACUGGACACAGAUCCAAAACCUUAUUUUGAACACUACAGGUCUCCUUGUUCAAUUGCGUCCAGAACAUUACCUGCUACACAUGAUUCCUGGUCUGUCAUCACAACCCCACAAGGUAGUACUGAUAAACAUCCUCACAGUAGCAAAAAUCUUACUAGCACAAAACUGGAAAAGCCAGACAAUACCUACCAUGGCUACACUCAUGGAAAGAGUGGAUGUCAUAAGCUCCUACGAGAGGAUGGCUAGUAGGGUACAGGGACAGGAAAGAAAGUACGCUGGGAAAUGGGCAAGUUGGAACCUUAGGACAUGAGUAUCUCCCCAUGUAGAGCACUCACCUCAGAUAAUACUUACCUCACAGCUGAAAGCUAAAAUACUGGGAAGAAAAACUGGGAAUCCUAGAUCUCCCCACCCAAAUUACGGUCUCCCCCAACCCCCUCUCCCCCCUGUGUUUCCAUUCCCCCUCCCCUUAUAAAAGGCCGACCACCCCAAACGACAAACUGAUCACUACAUGGUUUUGCAGUCAACGCAUUUCUAGGGGCAAAUAAUGUGCCCAUAUCACAAUGCAAGCAGAGAAAUGAAUGUACCACAUGCUGUACAAAGUAUCCACUGUAAACAAUGAACCAUAAUGACGGCAUGUAUAUCUGUAAUGUAAUAAUGCACAUACCUGUUGAAAGUAUCUGACUGUAACGCAAUAUGUUUUCAUGCUGUUGGCAAAAAUAAAGACUAAAUAUGGAAAAAAAAAGUGUACAUGUUUAUUUGUAUGAAGAUCUGUUUUGCUAAGAACCCACAGAGGUAGAUUUAAGUAUCUGAAUGUCAAAUGUGUGCUCAACACAAUUUUUCGACACACCUCUGGCACUCAUAGGAUUCUACAAGAACCAACAUGUGUAAUAAUGAGAUUAGGUAACACUUAGGUUAACCUGGUUGGGUUUGGUUUUGUUAAAUAUAAAAACAAAAAGCCCUAAUUGCUCUGUACUAUAAGCCCACUAAUUUUCUCCUUUCUGCCAACCUGCCUUACUCGUUUUACCUCUAAUAAUGCAGCUGUUAGCAAAAUUGUUUACUGUAACUAAACAGAACAGGUUUAUGGGAGUUGUAGUAUAGCUACACCUCCUUAAUUGGCAAAAUGUCAUUGAUGAAGUUGAACCCUUCCCCCUUUUUUUAUUUGUUUUACAAAUACAUUUAUUUAUAAAAUAUUUUACCAGGAAAGAUACAUUGAGAUUUCUCUCGUUUUCAAGUAUGUCCUGGGUCCACAAAUCAUUGCAUUGUUACAUUAGGUACAACAAAAACAAUAUUAAUACACAAUAUAUACAAAAUUUAACAUAGAACAGGCAGGAAACAUAUAAUCAACCAUGACACGUGCAUUCUGUUUUGAGGUAUGUAGAGAGGGAUCUCUUAAAUUACUUUAGGCUUAGGGAAGAUUUUAAAUUGUGCGGGAGGUCGUUCCACAAUUGCGGUGCUCUAUAGGAAAAGGAGGAUCGGGCCGCUUUCUUUUUGUAUUGAGGUAGACUAAGUAAAGUGUUGGUACUGGAUCGGAGCUUAUAGAAAGUGGGAACAGCUGGGGAAAGCAUUUUGUUCAGGUAGGGUGGGAGUUUCCCAGAAAAGCUCUUAAAAACAAGGCUGGAAAGAUGAAGGGUGCAUCUGGAUUCCAGCGAUAGCCAGUUUAGUUCCUUUAGCAUGUCACAAUGAUGGGUCCUGUAAUUACAUUGUAGCACAAAUCGGCAGAACGAUUUAUACAAUGUGUUGAGUUUAUUCAUGUGGGAUUGCGAUGCAGAUGCAUAUACUACAUCCUCAUAAUCAAUGAUUGGCAUCAGCAUUUGCUGUACAAUCUUUUCCUUUACUGUAGGGCUUAGGCAGGCUUUGUUUCUGUACAGGGCACCUAAUUUUGGAUAAAGUUUAGAUGCAAGCUUUUCUAUGUACAGGCCAAAAGAUAGAUUGGGGUCUAAUAUCAUACCCAAGUAUUUGAAAGAGUGGACUGCGGUCAGUGUGCCAUUUGAAUUUGUUUUGAUGGAUAGGUGGGAAUUGUGUAAUUUAGGUACUGUUCCAAAGAUCAUUGUGACAGUUUUGUCAGUGUUCAGGAAGAGUUUGUUUUUUGCGAUCCACUUUUCUUCCUCUGUAAACUGGUCUUGGAGCACAGCCUCAAGUUGCGGUAGAUUGGAUUUGCUUGCAUAGAUUACCGUGUCAUCUGCGUACAUGUGUACAUUUGAGGAUUGGCAGACAUUAGGCAGAUCAUUUAUAAAUAAUGUAAAUAGUAGGGGGCAGAGAAUGGAACCCUGGGGAACACCACACGUGACUGGGAGAGGGAGGGAGUCGCUGUCAGAAAUGGACACAUAUUGCGAGCGAUCUGAUACAUACGAUCGAAACCAGUUUAGAGAACGAUCACCAAUACCUGAUUUUUUGAGUUUGUGCAGUAGAAUGUCGUGGUCUACUGUGUCAAAGGCCUUAGCAAAAUCAAGGAAAAUAGCUCCAGUUAGGGCUCCUUGUUCCAUGCCAGUUUGGAUGUCAUUGCAAACUUUUAGGAGGGCAGUUGUAGUGGAGUGAUUCUGGCAAAAGCCUGAUUGAUCAGGGGUCAGAUAGUUUAAUUGUUGGUAGUACUCACAAAGUUGCGUAUGGACACAUUUUUAUAAGAUUUUUGACAAUACCGGGAGCAAUGAUAUUGGGCGAUAGUUAGAAACCAAAGAAGUGUCACCACUUUUAUGGAUAGGCACUACUCUCGCAGUCUUCCAAAGUUUGGGUAUGUAUCCAGACACCAAGGAUUAGUUAAUUAGAGUUGAGACGGGUUUAGCAAUUGCCGGCGCACUGAGAUUCAACAGCAUUGCUGGGAUUUGAUCAGGUCCGGGCUGGUUUUUCAUUUUUAGAUUAUUAAGAUGUUUUUUAAUGGCACUAACAGGUACAGAUCUAAAAAUAAACUUGGCUUUAUUGGGCCUUUGCAAAUUUAGCGUGCCCUGAUAAACAUUAUCUAUAGAAUAAGGUAGGAAAUUGCCAUUUGGAGUAUCCUUAAAUUGAUUUUCUUUUGUAAAUCUACAAUUUGACUUUGUAUUUAUCAUCUCCUAGGAAAUGGAACAAUCCAUGAACAUGCUGAAUUCAAACCCAGAGCUCCCUGAUGUUUCUGAAUUUAUGACCAGACUAUUCACGUCCAAAUCUUCAAGCAAGUCUAGUAGUAGUGGCAAAGCAGGGAAGACUGGGGUUGGGAAAAGAAGGUAGUGCAAGAUGCCUAUUUUCUGCCCAUCAAACUAUCCCAAUGGAAGUCUGCAAAAUCUGAAUGCAGGAAUUGGCCACUGUGACUAGCUACAUGGCACGUACUUGCUGUUAAUUCCUGCUUGCUGUCCUUGUUACCUUGAAUUUUUAGGAUAUUCAUUUUCAUCUGGUAACGUUCCUAUGUCCUGGUACUUCAUGUAAAAAGUUUGUCUUGGCCGGUUAAUCAGGAUUGCAAAUGUAAAAAUAAAUAUAUAAAUUCAGUACAGUAGAACUAUUCAUGGAGUGAUAUUCACAUUAUGGUUCGUUUGUUACACAAUGUAAAACCCAGACACUGUUUAUUACCGAGGAUAUUAAGUUAAUGCAUAGUGUAAUUAAUAUUGUUUAUAAAGCUCUAAUAUAUUCUGUAUAUUGUAUAUUAAGUACCAUUUCAUUUCUUAAUAUACUGCAAUAUAUCUCUAAACUCAAAUAAUUCUGUCCUUUAAAAAAAAAAAAAAAAAAGGUAACCAGAAGUAUGUAAUUGUGAAAAUAAAUAUACCUUGAAAAAUAGACUCAUUGUAUGUAGGCACACGGUUUUUAAAUGUUUUGACCUUAUUACCUUGUGUUCGCUGGAUGCCACUCUCUACUUCAUUGGGCUUUAGCUCAGAGCUGAGUGCUUGACAACUUACAUUGAGACUCUGGGGGCACCCCUGGCACCAUAGCCACUAUUGCCUACUGUAGUGGUUAUUGUGCUUAUAGUGUUCUUUUAAAUAGCUACUGUUAAACUACAAUUUCCAUCACCCUGAAACAGGUUUAUUAAAGCAGAAUAUUGCUAAAGAAGGUGCUUAGUUAAUGCAUUGUUACUUUGAAUGUGAUUAUUCAUACAAAGUAUGUAGCACCAUAGCCACCAAUUUACAACACCUCAUUUUAAGGACCACAGCUGUAGGGUUUAUGGUACUUAAUGUUUCUUUGUCAUUGUACCCAAUCCCGCAGCAUAAGCAGGCACCUGAUCUUCACUGCCCUUCCUAUAGAGAAAACUGACAACUGAUGACAUACCGCUGGGUGGAGGUGAAUAUUAAGUUGAUGGGCACUGACAAAGAACCAAUCACCGCAAUCCUUUGUUGCUUGGGCUAAUGCUUCCUUAUUAGCUUGACAGCUAGGAACUCUUGCUUAGUGUUAAACCAUUCAAGCGGGUAUUUAGGUCAAAAACAUUCUUAAUCAAAACAUGUCGUGGACAGUAAGGGGUUUAAUUUUUUUAUAUUUUAUUGCAUAUUUUCACAUUCACGAUGAUGGGUUGGCUGCUUUUACAGUAUGCAGCCAUUUGUGACACAGCAAAACAUGUUUAGUGUAGAAGUGGGCAUGUCACCACAUGUUGCUUACAAUCCACAUUUCUAUUAAAAGCUGUAGAUGUUUGCAUGAAAAUUACCAACACUACAGCUGUUUAAUUAGCGAUAUUAUAGGAUUAGUACAAUAGGGCGAGUCCGUCUCAGUCAAGUGCUAAGUUUUGCUUUUCUUCCACAUGUUAGUUUAAACAGUCAGCAAUUUUUUAUUUUUAAUGUAAUUCUUGAGUGCAAAAAUUAAUACAAUACAUUGAGGCAGGCAUAGAUGUAUUUACAGCAUGAGUACAGCAGGUCCCAAGUCACAUCCUUUUGUCUCCUGGGACACUUCUUAAAAUAGAGAUGCAAUUUGAAAAACACGUAGCCUACUCUAUGGGAAUAAGUUAGCUCUGUAAAAUGAGAAAACAUUACUGCAAUUAAACCAUUUCAUUUUAGUUUAGUAAAUAGAUGCAAAAGGCUUCUUGGGCUAGUAUGAGUGUCUUCUGCCUGUGCACCUUUUGUUGUGUAGUGAAAGUGUGUGUAUGACAAAUUGCUAUGUUGUAAAAGGUCUUUGUUUUAAAUUAAUAAUAAAUAUAAAACUAAUGGAUAUGUUUGUG